CCGGAAACGGAAAUAUUAAAGUCGGAGGAAGGGGUUGCAUCUGUAGUUUGAACUCUGCUAAGAAAACACGGAGUCCGAGCAAGAGGUAAAGAUGUCUUCUGAGUCCAACUAUGCUUUGCUUCACACUGGGCAAAAGAUUCCUCUUGUAGGAUUGGGUACUUGGAAGAGUGAAGCUGGACAGGUGAAGGAGGCAGUAAAAUAUGCCCUUAAUAUAGGCUACAGACACAUUGAUUGUGCUACAGCUUACAGCAAUGAAGCUGAGAUUGGUGAUGUUUUCCUGGAGACUGUUGGGGCUGACAAGAAUGUUAAGAGGGAAGAACUGUUUGUGACAUCAAAGUUGUGGAAUACCAAGCAUCACCCAGAAGAUGUGGAGCCAGCCUUAAAGAAGUCCCUGGAAGACCUGAAGCUGGACUACUUGGACCUGUACCUCAUGCACUGGCCACAUGCCUUUGAACGGGGAAACAACCUGUUCCCCAAGAAUCCUGAUGGCACAAUGCGUUAUGAUUACAUUGACUAUAAAGAAACCUGGAAAGCCAUGGAGAAGCUGGUUGCGAAAGGCCUCGUGAAGGCCAUUGGAUUAUCCAAUUUCAAUAGCCAUCAGAUUGAUGAUAUCCUCAGUGUAGCUUCGAUCAAGCCAGCUGUGCUACAGGUAGAAUGUCAUCCUUACCUAGCCCAGAAUGAGCUGAUAGCUCAUUGCCAUCAGCGAGGCCUCGUGGUAACUGCAUACAGCCCUCUUGGCUCACCUGACCGGAUGUGGAAGCACCCAGAUGAGCCGGUGCUGCUGGAAGAACCUGGGAUUAAAAAGUUGGCUGAAAAAUAUAGUAAAUCUCCUGCUCAAAUCCUCCUCAGAUGGCAAGUGCAGCGUAAGGUGGCUGUCAUUCCUAAGAGUGUGACUCCUGAACGCAUACUGCAGAAUUUCCAGGUGUUUGACUUCAGUCUGACAGCAGAAGAAAUGAACUGUAUUGGGACCCUGAAUAAGAACUGGAGAUACAUAGUGCCAAUGGUCACGGUGGAUGGCAAACUGGUAGCAAGGGAUGCUGGACACCCCCUCUAUCCUUUCAAUGAGCCCUUUUAAUUCCUGCAAUUUGUAAGACGGAAGAUGAAACUCUGCACAAUGUUUCUAGUGCCCCUAUUUUUAUUAGAUUAAAAAAAUCCUGAUCAAAUCCUUUUUUCUGUAGUUUUUUAAAACUUUUAUUAAAUGGCACAGAUUUAUUAAAGAUGUAGGAAAAUAAUACAUACAUUUAAAAUUCUAUAAUGUUAAACAUUCUUUAAAUUUUAAAUAACUGUAUGUACCAUUUCUUUGUUUUAAAACUUGUGCCAAGAUUGCCAUGGAAAUAAUACCGGUGGAAGGAAAAUGUCAUGAAGUAGGUAAAGGUUCUAGAAGGUAAAAUAGCACAAGUUUGCAUCUCCUCUUUUUAAGCCAAAAUUAGCAAAAUGAUGCUUGGGGUAUGACAACAAUAUUAAUUAGCUUGAUCCUGAAUAUGUUCCAAUGAUAAAUGCCAACUUGUAUCAGAUUACUUGAAGCAGAAGAAUAUGCUUAGUAUUAUUUCUGCUUUUAGUACUGGAUGAAAAUACUGUACUGGUAAUCAUUCUACUUCCUGACACUCAACCAAUUCCACCAGCUUUAUAUGAACUUCAGGAUAAUCUAAAAUACCUUCUUUCCUGUCUCUAUUUAUCACAACAACCUUCCCCAUAACACCCUUAGCUACAUACCUGUAAACUUAAUUGCCUCACUGCUCUGAAGCGGAAGGGAUAUCAGUGUUGCUAAAAGAAAAAACAAUCCCCCUCCUUUUUCCGAACUCUAUUCCAGGAGUGCAGGACAAUACACACUACAAAAUUUUGAUGGAAGUAUCGCCUGGCAUCCUGAAUUACUCUUCUUGACUUAUAAAGUACAAACAUAGUUGUAUAUUUUAACAUGUAUUAUUAGCAAAAAAUUGCCGUUGUCUGGACUUUCUGGCAUGUUUCUAUAAAAGGAUACUUCUGCUUCAUUGUCAAAAGCCAUUAUAUGUUGGGUAGAGUCAGAAAUAAUACCCUAUGUUUACCAGUGUGUAUAGAUUAUGUAAUGUACUACUACUUGCAUAUUAUCUGGUGAAUGAGAUAGCCUUGACUCUCCCCACUGUCAGACUGUGGCUUGCCAAAAGUUGCAACUUAGCCCACCUCUUGCAAUAAGACAAAAGUCCAUUGAUUUCAAAAGGCUUUACUGAAGAUUGUCAACAAAUGGAGUACACAUUCCAAGAUACAUUGAUCUUAGCUGAACUGUAGAAUUGUUAUGAAUGCCAAGCAAAGGAAUAGGUACAGAGUAUGCAUUUUCCCUCAGGCCCCAUCCUCCCCCUUAGUUCUCAAAACAGACGGCCUGAGGGUGAGAAAAGGAAAGUUUCUCAAGGGCGACAGGAAGGCGAAGGUAUGCAGACGAUAACAGUCUCUCUCCCUCUUCCAGGCUCCCAGCAGCAAUCUCCCCACCUGCAAGAAGCACACUUGACACACUGACAAAGUUAAAAUGGAGUCUCUUUGGCUUAAACACAAUCAGAACCUGACGUACUGCCCUGUCUAAGAUGCCCCUCCCCCAGGCUUAUGAGGAUAUUGAGUGUGGAAAGCCUUCAGUAAUCUGGGGGCACGAAUAUGGAUGGCUUCCACCCAUUCGUUAUGGCCGGGUUCCAAUUCCUUCCAUCUGAUGAAAUGAGCUUGCUUUGAAAAUAAAUCCACUACUACUAGUAUUCAAGUAUGGCCCUUGGAGGGAGGAAGGUCUGUAAUAAAGUCCAUUGAAAUAACUUCCCAAGGUCUGUUUGGGGUUUCAAGAGGCUGUAGUAGUCCUGGAGGCUUCCCUUUUCUAGUUUUGGCACUUUCACAGAUUGGACAGGAAGCCACAUAUUGCGAAACGUCUUUCCUCAGACCUGGCCACCAAAAUUUUCUUUGUAUUAAAUGAAGCGUCUUUAAGUAACCAUAGAGGCCAGCAGUCGGAGCAUCAUGACAACGUUGUAGCACUUCUUUUCUCAUGCUAGCCGGGACAUAAAAGCGAUCAUUCCACAGCCAUCCCCCCCUGCUCGGAUUGAGACAGUUUUUGUUUGGGCACAUCCCCCCCUUCCUUUUCCACCUCGCUUUUCAGAACCUGACACCCACAGCCUACCCCAUAAAAAUUCCCAAGUAGGAUUUUCAGUCAUGUAUCUGUCUGAUCAAGUGAGCUGCGGUCCAUGAAAGCUCAUAUUGAAAUGUUUAAAUGAAAUAAAUGUUUUUAAGCUGCCACUA